CAUACGAGGCCAGCAACAUCCCGAGAGGAAGAGGAGAGAAGAGAGGUGUUCUAAUGGAGGUCUCACUGUGUAAGCUUUCUGGGAGAAUCCGAGCACACUGGAGUGGCCUCUGCUUUCCCCCUCCUUAUUCCUGAAGGAGAGCAACGAACCCACUUGGGUCAAUGCGCUUCCUUUGAUGUUCCCGUUCAUGAAUGUGAGCGAGAAAAGGGAAGGACAGGAGCGAAUUAUUCCGAGUUCUUUCUCUAUUUUGACCAUGUUCUCUCCGUUGUCAGAGCGGGGAAUAGAAUGCUGCUCUUUUUGUUGCUGUGAUCUCGGUGUCUGAUUGGAAAAUCGUUUCAUCUGUUGCAAGGAAUCGCUGCAUGUCCGCGACUGCUCUUCUUCGUAUCUGAUUCCACGGAGAAAGGUCAAAAAAAUCCCUCUUUUCUGGUUUUUUCUGUGUUCCCUUGUCCUGGUACCGUAGAGCUAGAAUAGUAGAUUUUGGAGAUUAUUGUUGGAUUUGAAGGGCUCGGAGAGGAGGCCGGGAAGUCUGCGACCCGGGACGUGAAGAUGAUCGAUCUGCCGCCGGAUUCCGACAGCGAGAUCGGUUCCGAAACACUAAAUUCCAGCCAGAGCUCCAUGAGCGGCGGGAGCUGCGACCGCAGCAGUAGCGUCUCCCGCCUCUCCUUCGACGCCGCCGCCGCGCCGGCGACCGACUCGUCCGGCGGCCAACGCCCCUGCUCGCCCUCCGGGCUGGCCACGAAGCCCCACCGCUCGUCGGACCCCGCGUGGGCGGCGAUCCGGUCGCGGCUCCCGGCCCGGCUCGGUGCCCGGGAUUUCAAGCUGAUACGCCGGAUCGGGAGCGGCGACCUCGGGACCGUCUACCUAUGCCGGCUCCGGGAGGAGCCACGGUGCCCGGAGGCAGCGCCGGCUUGCGAGUACGCGAUAAAGGUGGUGGACAAGCUGGCGCUGGGGAAGAAGAAUAAGCUGGAGAGGGCGGCGACGGAGAAGAGGAUUCUGAGGGUUCUCGACCACCCUUUUCUGCCAACUUUGUACGCCGACUUCGACGCCUCGCCGCAUUUCUCGUGCGUGGUGAUGGAGUACUGCAGCGGCGGCGAUCUCCACACCCUUCGCCACCGCCAGCCCGGCCUCCGCUUCUCCGUUACCGCCGCCAGGUUUUACGCGGCGGAAGUACUGCUGGCCUUGGAGUACCUCCACAUGCUGGGAAUCGUGUACCGCGACCUCAAGCCCGAGAACAUCCUCAUCCGAUCCGACGGCCACAUCAUGCUCUCCGACUUCGACCUCUCCCUCCAGUCCACCGCAUCCCCCACGGUCGAACCGCUGGACCCCACCGCCCCCGCCGACCCCUCCUGCCUCCCCCACCGCCUCUUCCAUACCCGCAAGCCGCCCGCUUCUCUCCCGGACCGCCGAUUCGUGGCCGAGCCGGUCGCCGCCCGGUCCUGCUCCUUCGUCGGGACCCACGAGUACGUCGCCCCCGAGGUCGCCUCCGGCCUGUCCCACGGCAGCGCCGUCGACUGGUGGGCCUACGGCGUCUUCCUCUACGAGCUCCUCUACGGCCGCACCCCCUUCGCCGGGCCCACCAACGAAGCCACCCUCCGCAGCAUCGUCAAGCAGCCCCUCGCCUUCCCCGCGGCCAGGGGCCCGGCCGACUCUACCGCCCGGGAUCUCAUCUCCGGUCUGCUCGUCAAGGACCCGGCCUUCCGUCUCGGUUCGAAAGGGGGAGCUGCCGACGUCAAAGCCCAUCCGUUCUUCGAAGGCCUGAACCUGGCUCUCCUCCGCUCCUAUCGGCCUCCGGUGAUUCCCGGUCCAGCCGGGGCCAAACCGUGCCGCGAGCGUCUGGAGCCGGCCCGGUUCGACUAUUUCUAAUAUGAACCGAAUCGACCAGAGGCUUCGGCUCUUUUUCUCAACCCAGGAAACGGGCUGACGUGGUAUUCCGGUUGGUUCCAGCGCACGCGAUCUUAAAGCCCAAUGGGGAGUUGCCACGUGUGGAAGACUUGCUAGCCACGUCUAGUUUUUACCGGGAGACAGGAGCUGGAAUUUUUCCUCGCCCGUUCUUUCUUGUUCCCUCUGUGAAGUAGAAAAGAAUCCAGUUACGUCCGGGGAGGUGUGGGGGAGGGUUAAUUAUUAAGCUUCAGAAUGUAUAGGGGCAUUGACUUAUGAACAAGCCUUCUCGGAAGUACAUACAAUUAUAAAUAUUUUGCACGCUCUUCGAUGCGUACUGUUCUUCAAACAAUUAUUAUUUUUCCUUUCACAAAGUAUUAAUGAUUUGGAGACUACUUGCAGGCACCUUGCCUCGAUCUCCAAACCCUCAAUUAUGGCCGCUAAUACAGUACGUAGACUCCCAGCUAGUCACAGCUAAUCCCAAGUCUAAAAGCUUUCGAACUCAGUAGCCAAAUCUGGCAGAUUUGGCAUUCGGAUGGUCUGUGUCGGACGGCGGCCCCUCCUGCACCAAAAUUUUUGCAGUAGUUGUAUAUGUUGGGAUGGUCUUAGUGUUGUUUGACUUUCUCUUACUUUGAUCGCGACCAAAGGCAUAUUAAUGAACUGGGUCCGAUUUAAGGACCCAUUCCUGAA